GAGAGAGAGCCAUGGCGGGGGGGCUGGCGGCGCAGUGCCGGCGGAGCGCGCGCCACUGGCACGCAUGGCUCGAGCGGGGCGACAGCUCCCCGGCGGAGGCGGACGCGGUCUUCACGGACCCGGUGCUGUGCGCUCGCCUGGCGGCGCCGCUGAGCCACUUUGAGGCCCCCUCGGUGGGCGGCGCGGGCAUCGGGGGUGCGCUGCCGCAGCGCGCCGCCGAGCUGGCGGAGGCAGCGGCGGAGGCCCUCGGAGUGAGCCGCGAGGUGGCCGAGGGGCUCGUGCAGCUGUACGCGGACGACCAGCUCCGCGAGCUCUCCGCGCUGCAUUACGAAGGCGACAGGAUGGACGUCGUGGAGUUGGGGCAGGAGGCCGCGCUUCAGGAGCUGGCAAGGCUGCUGCACGCGGAGAAGUGCGAGGCCUUUCAGGUCGUGGCGUGCGUACUGCGCACCGCUCAGGACGACAACCACCCGUGGUCAGCGCAGUGCAGAGAGCUUGCCCAGCGGCUGCUCUCCAAGGACGACCUGGUCCAGAACCUGUGGCACGCAUACCUGGGGAUCUCUGCGGGCCCCAGGUUCACCUCCGCCGCGCCCGAGCGCGCAGAGGUGCUGGGCCGCGUGCGGGAGGGCCUCGACCUGGAGCUCUGCCUCCUCGAGUGCCUUCUGCUGGCCUUCCACGAUCCCGAGCUGCGGCCCGAGAUGUGCCCCCCCGCGCACGGCCGGCUCGCGGAGAUGGCCGACGAGUUCCUCCGGCAGCGCUGCCUCGGCUCCCUCCGGCGCUGCGCGCACGCGCACGGGUGGCUGCUGGGUGAGCCGGAGGUGUGCGCGAGGGCGCAGCGCGUGGGCGACCUUUGCCUGGCCGUGCUGCUCCAGGGCCUGGCCCUGGAGGAUGCGGUGGUCGAGCACGCGGGGGGGCGGAAGGGCCAGCACCCGCUGCUGGGGAGCCCGGAGGACGCGAGGCGGCUCCACCGCGCCUUCACGACGGGCUGGCUCGAGGUGUGCGAGCACGUCGGCGCCUCCCGCGGCAGCGCGCGGCCCGACCUGGUCCACUGCGCCCGCCUCGCCUCGCUCGGGGUGCUGGGCUGGGCCUCCAUGCUGGCCGCGAUGCCCCAGGCCUACCGCGACGAGCACGGUCUGGGCUUCGAGCGGAUCGUGAGCAGCUCCCUGCUGAGGUCCUCCCGCCUCUUCAGUGAGGCCGCCAGGGACAUCGUGGACCGCGGCUUUCUGUUGAGGGACGCCCCGAACAGGCAGCACGGCGCCGCGCGCUCCGCCUUCCACGGCCUCCUGGCGGCGGCCGCCGAGGGCUUCCGGCUGGAGGGGCCGCUGUGCGGCGUCCACGCGGCCAUGUCCACGCUCAUGAGCGCAGUCUUCGAGGGACAGGUGGAGGCCUCGGAGUAUUUCUGGACCUCGGACUACGCCUCUCAGAAGAGGUGCUUCCAGGUGCUGCACGGUUGGCUGGCUGGGUUCCCCAUGCACCUCCCCGAGCUGCUCGGCCUGCUGGCGGGGCUGGCCAGCUCGGUGCAUGCGCUGGCCUUCGUGCAGGCCCCGCUGGACACCAUCCUCCUGCCGUACAGCGUCGUCCAGCACGUCGCCGACCUCGCGCCGGACUCCGGGCCCGGCGCCACGGGCGAGGCGCCCGCCCCCACCCGGGUGCUGCUGCGGGAGGCGGUGUACACGGAGGAGGUCGCCCUGAGGGCGCACGGCCUGCUGCUGCCCUGGUGGCACCUGCCCGCCUGCACGGUGCUGCGCGCGGGCUCCCGGGGCCUGCUGCUGGGCGCCGGGGCGGACGGCCAGGCGGGCGCCCCGGCGCGCAGGGUCCAGCUCAGGCUGGAGGGGCCCGGCCUGCCCACAUGGCGCCUCGCCCUGGCCGCCUGGGACGCCGUGCUCGUGGGCCUGGGCUGCACGACCGGCGCGGCCGAGGGCGCAGCGGGGGCGCUGCCGCCCUCGGCCGGGCAGCUGCUGCUCGCGGUCGUCCAGCUCUUCUGCGGGCUCCUCGACUCGGGGCCGCAGGCCUUGGUGGCCCUCCGCGGGCACCUCCCUGCAGACGAGCAGGACUCUGGAGACGGACUCGUCGCCAGGCUGUUUGCAUCCUUCUUCGCCUGCGCCGACCUCCCAGACGCCGCUGGCCGGCGAGCCCUCCCGGCGAUCCUGCGCGCGUUGGCGUGCUGCCUGGCGGCCCCACACGCGGCGCCGCAGUGCUCCGCGCUGAUGAGGCUCCUCGGCGGAGCCGCGCACCCGCGCUUCCGGGCGCCGGGCGGCGCCUCGUUCGUGGGCGUCCUCACCUCGACGGUGGACCUCGAGCGCGAGGCGGGCUGCUACCCUGCCACAUCGGCGGCCCUUGGCCUCUUCGCCGCGGUGCUGCGGUGCUGCGGCCCGGCGGAGCUGCUCGCGCUUCGCGGCGAGGGCGGCAGCGGCAACGCGGCGUUCGGGCAGCUCCUCGACUUUUCGUUCGGCCUCUGCUUCGCGCGCUGCGGCUUCUGGGAGUUCCGGACGCGGGCGGACAGGUGGGGUAUCUUGCUGGCCUGCAUCGAGGUUGCCUCUGCCCUGAUGCCGCUGAUGGAGUGCUUCAACUGGCCGCUCCCGCCUGGCCUGGCCUCUGCGGACGGCGGCGCCGACGAGGAUACGGCAGCCGCGUCCGGAGGCACGGAGCAGCUCUGCGCCUCCGUCGGCCUCCUCCGGGCGGCCCAGCUCCGCGUGCUGCGCAGCUGGAGCGAGGCGGCCUUCGUGCCCGCGCUGCUGCACUGCCUGUCCUGCGACGUCGUCUUCGGCGACUGUCCCGGCCAGUCUGGGCGCCAGUUCGUCGGCUUCUGGAGCCUGUCGCACGCCGACAGCGCCUGCACUUGCGACGGGGUGCCAGAGCUCGGGGACGUGGGGCCGCCGCCCGUGAGCGGUGCACAGCUGCUGGCGGGCGCGCUCCGCUGCCUGCACUCGCUGCUGAGCCUCGUGCUGCACCCCGCGGGCCCGUCUCCGCACUACGCGUCCCUGGCGCGGCACCUGCUGGAGGUCUCCACGGCGCGCGAGCCUACGGACUCCACGCCCGGGCUGCUGGCCGCUCGUGGCGGCGCGCCCUCCCAGGAUGGCCGCCCGCCCCGCCGCGCCGACCUGGUGCAGUCGCUCUACGCCCACGCCUGCGGCGCCGCGCCGGACGCCGCGCGCUGGGCCGCGUGCUCGCUGACCGCGCUGUGCGCGCUGUGGCAGCGCGCGGACGCUGGCGCGCUCCCGAGCCCCGCGGCGCUCGCGGGCGCCGCCGCGCCCCGCCAAGCCGCGGCUCCGAGCGCCUCGGCGCCGCCCCGCAGGCCGCCGCUGCUGGCCCUGCUUGCAGUGCCAUCUGCGGGCCGCUUCGGCGCGGCCGCGGACGCCGCCGCCGCGGGCGUCGCGGGCGCCGGCGCGCCGCAACCCUCGCCGCUGGCAGCCCGCCUGGCGCGCAGGGUGCUGGGCGUCGUGGGCGACACGCGCGGGGACGCUGCGCUACGCCGCGCGUUCGCGGGGCUCGCGCGCGCGGCGCUGGCCGGCGCAGGCGCGGGGCUGUUCCUGUGCGAGGCCGCCGAGCUGCUGCCCCAGGGCCGGGGCACGGAGAGCGUGGCCGAGGUGAGCUCCCUCACGAAGUUAAACAACAUGUGCGAAACGAUCAUGGAAACCCAAACCGAGAUUGCCCAGGCGAAGAAUGCUGCGCUGCAGGCAAAUGCAACCGCAGAAGCAGCAAUGACCGGCAUGAAACAGAUCAAAAAGUACAUCGAGACAGUGAAGCUGGCCUUGAAGGAGCUACAGCAGGAGUUUGCAGCUUUCAAGGAGCUCCGCGGAGGACGUCUAUUUUACACAGUGGCUGCUGCAGACUGCUACCGGGGCACGGCCAUACUGUUGAACAGGGGUGAGGUGUUUGUCGAUUGGCUGCAUGCGAACAAGCUGCUCGCAACGAACAUGCUUAUGCAGAAACAGUAUUAUGCCAGGUGGACGCACCAGAGUUUAGUCUGGCCCGCUGCUGCGCUGAAGCAGUUCACGGACAAGUGCUGUUGCGCGAAGCUGACGGUACCGGCGGUCGACUUGAGGGACAGGUGGGGCAAUAAUCCGAAGGACGGGAUGACUUUCAUGCCCUAUAGUUCCCGGGACUCCAGGGACGUGGAUAUGGGCGCUUCCGAUGCGGGAGCUUCGCUGUCGAGUAUUGCAGAGUUUGAGGUCGAGGCGGCCGUUGCCGCCUGCGCCCGCGGGGCCGCGGCCGCGCGUGCGGCGUGGGCGGACCCGGAGGCCGACGCGGAGCGCGGGCAGCUGCUCCUGGCUCUGCUGGCGCUGCUGGACGACCUCGCCGCCGCCGACGCCUCGCUGCUCUGCGGCAGCUUCGCCCAGCCCGUGGCCAGCGGCCCCUGCAGGUACGCAACGGUGUGGUCGCUUUUGUCGGACCUGGUGCCCAGCGUCUGCGCGAAGUGGGCCCCGCGUGCAGGGACGGGCGCCGACGCCGACCGCGCGGGCGCCGACGCUGGCCGCGCGCUAGAGCCCCUGCUGGCGCUGUCCGCGGUCCUGAGGCUCGCGCAGCGGGGGUGCCAGGAGAGCGCGAGGAUGCGGGCGGAGGCGCCCGAGGCCCACACGGCGCUCCUGGAGCUGCUGGGCGUGCUGCUGGGCCCCGGGGGGAUCGGGCUCGUGCUCCCGAGCGCGCUGGCGCUCGAGCAGGGAACCGGCGCUACCGCCCGCGGCGCGGACCUCGGCGGCGGCGUCCAGCACCCCUUCGGCCGCAGGGCCGCGGAGGAGCUGUGCGAGAUCGCCUGCGGGCGCGGCGCCGGCCCCGGCGUGGUGGAUGCCGCCGCGGCGCGCGGGCUGCUGAGGGACGCGCUGCCGCAGGGGAGGCUCGGCUGCUUCGGAGGCUUCGACGGCGCGACGGCGCUUCACUCCGGCUCCUUGGCCAUGGACGAUGAGUUCUGCGUGGUGGCGACGCUGUUGCCAGCCCACCAGCCGUCUGUCAGGCUCGCGCUGGCCUCUGUGUGCGGCUGCGGGGCUCAGGUGGAGGAUCUGACGAGCGGCUUCGUCGCGCUGUCGGCACGCAAGGCGGUGGCUUCGGCGAGGGCACUGGCGGUGGAAGCGCUCGACGACCUGGUCUGCACAGCACUGCGUCAGGCCAUGGACGGGAAGGGCGGCGGCCAGGCGAUGCCCCUGCUGGGCUCGCUCCUGGAGAGCUUGGUGCGCCUCCUGCACGACCUCCUGCAGCACCUGGAGCUGCUCGCGGACCACUCGGCCUUCUUCGCGCGCCUCGUCUCGCUCGCGGUGCGGACGCUGGCCGCGCCGUCUCAGGCCUCCGCGCUCCUGUGCGCCUCGCCGCAGGUCACCAGCGCCCUGGGCCAGGACUUCGACGCGGCCACGGGCAGCUCGCCCGCCCAGGAGGCGCGCCCCGUGCAGAGCAUGCUUAGGCACGAGACACCCCUGGGAUUGGCGCUGGUGCGCGGGCUCACCUCGGUGCUUCGCAUCUUCCUGACGCAGGCUGCUCUUGAGAGCGGCGAGGUGCACCGAGGGCAGACCGAGGUGGUCAUGGCCGCGCUGCCGCUGCUCUUGCUUUUGGUCCCAGCUCUGCAGCACAGCCCGAAGCCAGCGUGUCCUAUGACCGCACUGGCGGCUGCGCCGCAGGCAGCCGAGGGCCCAUCCGAGGCGCAGCCAGUGCUCUUGGAGUUGCUGGAGGCCCUGUCUGGGAUCGUCGACGUCUUCGGCACCGAAGCGCGCGCCGCGGCGCUGGACGCCGCGGCCGCCGUGCCGCGGGACGUGGCGGAGCCCGGAUGGCCGCCGGCGUCAGGUGGGGGUCCACUGGCCGCCGUGCGCUCCGCUGGGCUGCCUGGAGGGUUGUCGCAGCGCAGGGGGCUGGCUGUGCUGCGGUCGCCCGAGGAGGCGGCAGAGCAGGCGGCUGCGCGGACGCAGGCCGCUGUGCUGGACCACGCGGCUGCGAGCGGCCUCGUCGCAACCGCCGUGGCAGUGGUGGAGCGCACUGUGGUGGCGCUCGGGCGGCACGGGCGCCGAGGCCACCACGGGCUCGGCGACCGCACGCUGAGCCUGCUUCAGCGCGGCGUUCUGCCGCAGCUCCUCGGCCGCUCUUCUCCAGUCUUGGCCCCGCUGCCAGAGCACCUGCGGUCGCGAGGCCGGGUCCAGUGGCCUUCCACGGCACGGGCGCCCCUGGACGCUGUGAUGAGGCCCGCGGGCUGGGAGCGCGCCUCCGAGGCCGCGCUGGCCUGCGAGCUCGGAGCUGCGCUGGGCGGGCUGCUCGCCGUGGCGCAGACGGCCGGGGGCGCCGUGCUCCUGGCGGAGCACAGGGUAUUCGCACUUCUGGCCUGUAGCCCGCUGCUCCAGUCGGCGGCGCUGCCCGCCGACGCCUCGGGCCGCUUCCCGGGCCCCUACUCGGGGCCUGUGGCCGGCGCGGCAAGCCGCGGCUUCGACGGCCCGAUGGGCUCCGCAGCGCCGCAGGGCGCGGCGGGCGUGCCGUGGCGGCGGCCGCUGCACACCUGCUGGUGCCAGGCCUUGCUGCUGGUGGCAGCCCUUCUCGCCUCGGCGCCGCAGCUCGGGGGCGAGGCGGUGGUGUUUCUUGAGGCCUUCGCGCCCAGGCUGCGCUUCAUCUUCCGCAGCGGCCUCCAGAGCGGGCAAAUGGCGGUGCUCGAGGAGGCCUCUGCAGCCUGCCGCGUGCUGGCACUCAUGCGCCACAGGUGUGGGGUCGUGGAGUCGAUCCUGGCAGACGCCGCGACGCAGGCCUUUGUUUUCAUUAUCGGGGCCUGCCUCUCUGAGCGUUCGGUCCCCUCGGAGGUCUUCCUGCCGAUCUCCGAGGCCGAGCGCGUCGCUGCGAGGGUCGCGCCCGACAGCGAGGCCUCACCUGCAGAGGUGCCAUCCGUGUUCCACCAGCGCGUGGAGCGCAUCGCGCUCGAUUUGGUGAAGAGCUUGCUGGCGGCAUUGCUCUUCGCGUCGUCCUCGCCGACGUGGCUGAGCCACGCCGCCGCAGCUGGCGGCAGCGCCUUCGGAAUCUCCGCCUUGGCGGCAGUGCCCAGGGGCCAAUGGCCGAGCCGCGGGCUGCUGGGCGCCCUCGGCGGCCUGAGUCCGCCAGGCAGAGGCGCAGCUGGGCCAGGCGCGGCGGACUGUGCCGCGGGCCAGCUUCUCUGGUUCGCCGUUAUGGACGUCGUGUUGGAGUGCGCACGCCGUGUCGCCGAGAUCGCAGAGGCCCUGCGGGGGCCGCGGCGGGCGAGCCUGGUGCUGGUCCGUGCGCCUGGCGCAGACGGCGGCCCGCUGGUGCCGUUCUCCCUCGCGCUGGCGCCGCUGGAGCCCGAGGGCGCCAUGGCUGGCGCCGAGGCCAGCCCCUACGCGGGCCCCUCGUCCUCGCCCGGCAGCCUCGCCAAGGGUCUCAAGAGGCAGACGCUGCUGCAGAGCCCCACGGUCGGGCCCAUUAUGAGCCCGCUGACGACGGCAGGCCCCAGCCCCGCGGGCGAGGAGGCCAGCAGGAAGGGCGCGGAACCGCAGCGCAGCGUGCAGCAACGUCGGAUGGCCCUGCACCCUGGGCGCUGCCUGGGGGGCCAGGUGGCCGACGGCGUGGUGCCGGAGUUCACGUCCCUCGAGGACUUGGCCCAGCUGUGCUGGACCGUCGUGGAGAUGUCGUGCACGCUCAUGUGCCACUUCUGCGAGGCCACGCAGUCCGGCGCGGGCUCCGCCGGGGCCGAGCGCUCGGCAGCGCCCGGCGCCUCGGUGCUCCACGGCCUGCUGAGCCUCCUCCACGAGCUCUGUGCCCCGUCGAGCCUCAGGGCGCUGGGCGUGAGCCCGGCGACCGCGGAGUAUCUGGAGUCCCUCGGCGACUCGCUGCGCUCAGGUCACCGGCUCGGUGCGCUUGAGGGCGAGGUGCCGUCGGCUGCACCGUGCACAGAGUUUGUGUUCGAGAACUUCACCAGCUGGUUCAAGAGGCUAGACAAUAAGGCGAGCUUCGACCGUCUUCUGGACAUCAAGGGCAAGUUCCAUCAGCUCCUCACCGGCCUUUCGCACAUCCACAAUCGGGGGAUCAUGCACCGCAACCUGAAGCCCGACAACGUCUUUAUAGACGAGCACGGGCUGGUGAAGCUCGGCGACUUCACCACCACGCGCAUGCUAGACCUUCCAGUGCAGGCUUAUACGCCAGAGGACCCCAAGGAGCGGGACCGCUCUGGGCGAGAGAUGAGGCGCCUGUGGUACCGCGCCCCAGAGCUGAUACUCCGCGACGAGAUCUACGGCCCCAAGGUGGACCUCUGGUCGGUCGGCUGCCUCCUCGCGGAGGCGGCUACCUCUAAAGCCCUGUUCCAGUCCGAUUCCGAGAUAGACCACUUGUUCCGCGUCUUCAGGUUGCUCGGCACCCCUUCGAUAACGUCGUGGCCAGAGGUGGUCGGCAUGAAGAACUUCUCGCCCAAGUUUCCCAUGUACAGCCGCAUUAGCUUCGCACAGGUCACCCGCGCGGCGUGUUGCAGCAGCGCGUCGGACGGCGCCGGGCUGGAGAAGCAGGCGCACAGGGAACGUUCGGAGAUCCUGCAGCACGUUCUGGGGGUAGCUGCCGUACUUGGCCCUGACGGAAUGUUCGCCCUUGACAACCUGAUCACGAUUCCGCCGUCAUCCCGCGCGGGAGCAGAUUCUCUUUUGAAUUCGGUGUUCCUCAGCAGUUCUUCCUCGCAGCCAGGCCCUGGGCUGGACCCGCGAACGAAGAUCUGGCUGCACGCGGAUCCCGGCAGCCCUCCCGCCAUCGAUCUUUUCGACGGUACCAUUGCGGACGAUAGCCAGGACCGGUUACCGGUUUGCCAGAAGAGUUCGCCUUCCGGAUAUCGGCCUGCCGAUGGAUAUGAUGUCUAUCGGUCUGCCCUCCUGAUGUCAGACGAGAGCCAGGACAUUAGGGCGAAGGACGCGAUCGCCGAGGAUGUCGCUGGCGCCAGAACCGAGGCAUGCCCUCCUGUUUCCAUACCGCCCGGCAUGAUGUCCUCCAGCAUGGUGUGGAAGAUCCUCGGGGCCAUGCAGCAGCGGGAGCGCCUGCUCACGAGGAGCAGCGGCCGCGGCGACCUCGAGGUCGAGGGCGCGGGGACGCUGCCGCGCCUGCCGCCCGGGUUCGACGCAGGCCAGCGAGCGGUCCUGGUGGACUUCAUCAUCAGCCUGGCCAGCGCACUAUCUUUGUCCGACAUCACGCUGCACCUGGCGGUGAGCGUAGCGGACAGGUACUUGGCGCUGCUCGAGGCGCCGCUCGGCCCCUUUGGGGGCAUGCAGGUGGUGGGCGCAACCUGCUUGAAGAUCGCCGACGUGUUCUCGGAGCAGAGCAAGGAGUAUUACAAGCAGGAGAACGUGGUGGAGUACGCCGACGCCACGAACGGCCAGGCUCCAUCCGACAAGAUGCUCAUCUGUGAAAAGGAGCUGCUCCCGCAGAUCAACUUCGACCUGCACAGACCGACCGUUCACUGGUUCGUUCAGUGCUUCUUGGCAUACGGCCGGUUCACCCCAGCGGGUGAUGUGGCCAAGACUGCCUCCUUUAUUUCGGAUCUUGUCCUGCUGGACUACGAUCUGCUUGCAUACCCAGCCUCGCUGCGGGCGCAGUGCGCCCUGCUCUUGGCCGUCUUCCUGGUUCAGCGGGCGCCGGUGCUGAGGCGGCGCCCCUCGGAUGCCCCGCCGAGCCAGGGCGGCGCCGCGGCGGGCCCGGCCUCACCCGUUCACCUCUCUCUUCGCCGCGGCGACCCCACAGUCAUGGCUGUCCCCGAUGAGCUGAAGAACCUGCUGUGCUCUCUGAUGUUCGAGCAGACCGGAGCCAUCAAGGUAUACAAGCUGAAGUUCCUCAGAGCUGACACCGUCGCUGCCUUCCAGAAGAAGGCGAAUGCCAUCGGGCUCUCAUGGCAAGACUUCGGCGACCAGUCCAUCCACCCGUUGAGGAUCAGGGGCGGCUUGCCGCUCCACGUGAGACAGAAGAAGAGGGCCUUCUCAAGCAUUUACGUCGGUACGAAGCAGCUCCUCAUGAAGAGCGUGGUCACCGACUCCGACGUCUACGAGCUGGUCUCUGCGAAGCAGGGCACUGGCAUCAACUUCGUUUUCGAGCCGCACAGGUCCGCGCUGAACCACUGGGGCAUCACGGACGACCAGGCGCAGACGCUUCUCGAGGCGCACUACUUCCUCUCCUACCCCUUUGUCUUUUACGCUCGCCUGGAUCGUAUCUGCUCCAAUGCUCCCACCGCUGACCUCCUCGACUUCAGCCCCGUUAGCUCCGCUACUUGGAAUAUCAGCGAUCUCUACUUCCACCCUGGCCACGCCCCUGUCUACCUUCACCUCGAGCCCUGGAGACCUACUGGUGCGAUUUGUUCUUCGCUGCGGGUGUUCAGGCGUCUUUCUUAUGCUGGCAAGUUUGAAGAGUUGGCCAAUGGCCAAGACUUUAGCAGCGGCCCGUCCUUUCGGUUUCUCGAGAUGGAGGCCGUUAUGGUCGCAGCAGGUCAGGAGUGCGAGCUAGAGAUGUGCCGCUCGAAAGCAGAAUCUCGGCAGGAAGGGGUUGCCUGCUGCUUCCGUCUUGCCCGCGCACACCAUGGCGCCAUUCGUAAACUUAGCAUGCGGGCGUUGAGUGCGCACCCGAUCCCCGAGCAAUUCUACAAGAUUGAUCUUCGGCAGUUUACCCAUUGGAUUGGUUUCCGCCAUCAUCUUAGCCAACUCAUGCGUCAUGAACUUGAGGAGCAGGGGCGCGCCAUCCGUGCCGACUCCAGUGCGCAGGCUAGCACCGCAGAGUUCCAUCUCGAUCGCAUUCGUCGGCUUGCGCGUGCCUGGAAGGCCAGCCAGCGCAAUAUCUCCUUGAAGGGCAUUAUUGGCGUCGACGGCUCCGAGCUAGCUGAGCCCAACACCUGUGCCAAAAUGCUUGCCGAUCACUGGGUCUCUGCGUUCGCCCGCGGCCGGGAGUUCGCGGGAGCUGGGGGCCCCAUGGGCCCCAACGAGGCUUCAUUGGAGGUCGGCAAAUUCUGGAUAACGUAUUAG